AUGAGCGUCGCACGUCCGGCGCGCAGCCUCUUCGGCCGGUGCCUCGUCCCGACACGAUCCCCGACGACGGCCGUCCCAUGCCGCCAGCUGCACAGCUCCGCGCCCCGCCCCAAGCGGCGGUCACGGUUCCGCAACGUCUCGGCCGAGGAGCUGGGCCUGCUGGACCCCUCGAAACGGGCCGAGUACCGCCGGGAGACGUUUCCAGAGUACUCGGACACGGACCGCGCGGCCCUGAGCAAAAAGUACACGCCGGAGCAGCUCGAGGCCAUCGAGGCCGGCGAGAAGGCCGUCAACCCGGACGACUUUAUCAUCCAGGGCCGCUUCCGCGAUGACGCCCACCGCCCGACCUACGUCGAGGACUUUACCGUGCUCAACCCCAAGUACGACAUCAAGCCCGAGAUCGAGAUGACGCCAACUGAGCCCAAGUGGCUGAGCCCCAGCGACUGGGCCGACGCCUACGGCACCAAGAUGAUGAAGCUGACGGAGGAGAAGGCAAGCAACCAGGCAACGCGGGCCAUGAUCCGGGCCUUCAAGAGGGUAAAGGAGAGUCAAGGGCAAGACUUUCUAGACCUUACCCCAGAGGAGCUUGAUGACCUGGAAAACGACCCGGAGUUGCUCAAAAAGUACCUUAUCGAGGAGGGAAAUGAGGGAGCCGAGUCUGGGGCCGAGGUCCCGGAAUCCGCUACGCUCACGCGGGCUCAGAUCGACCAGCUGGACACGGCCAUUAACGAGGCGUGGAGAAAGGAGCUCAACAAGCUACACAAGUACGACAACGAUGGCGAGCUGGAGCCGACCAACCUCGAGCUCAUCGAGGACGGGCCCGCGGGCGCCAACCGGAUACACACGGCUGAGGCCCCGGAGCUGGGCAAGGUGCCGGGCGUCGAGGGCCUAUACAAGAGGGCGGCCGACGCAGACGACGAAGGCAGGGACGACUCGGGCCGGUAUCAGGAGCUCAAGCGCCUCACGGGCAUGACGCUCAACGAGAUCCAGUCGUUGACCUGUAAGACACUCGUCAUGCGCUUCGUCCACAACCAGACUCGUCUGGGCAAGGUGCGCAGCACUUCGAUCCUCUCAAUUGCCGGCAACGGCAACGGCUGGCUGGGCAUAGGCAUGGCCAAGUCGACAGAGCCCGGCAUUGCCGGCGAGACGGCCGGGAUAUUGGCCAUCCGCAACAUGAAGCCUAUACGCCGCUACGAGAACCGUACUAUUUACGGCGAUGUCAAGGCCAAGGUGUCGGGCACAAUUGUCGAGCUAUUCAGUCGGCCUCCUGGCUUUGGCCUCCGUUGCCCGCACCGCAUCUUUGAAAUGUGCCGCGCCGCGGGCCUGCACGACAUCUCGGCGCGCAUCCCACGGUCCAAGAAUCCCAUGAACUCGGUCAAGGCCACGUACCAGGCCCUCAUGAACCAGCCCAACCCGGAGAGCAUUGCCAUAGGCCGCGGCAAGAAGCUCGUCGACGUGCGCAAGGUCUACUACGGCGGCGCCGUGCACUGA